CAAAAAUAAUAAUCUUUUUUCUUCAACGCCCCUUUUUCACAAACCCUAAAUUAUUUAAUUAUCUUCCAUCCCUUUCAUUUCUCUGCUGCCUUCUCUCUUAUUUCCCCCUAUUUAUCUGAGUAAUUUGUGGAAUUGUAUAGGGGCAAAUCGGGAAUUUUAGAGGAUAUGUCUGGAUCUGAAACCGGAGCAGUAAUGCCGCCGCCGUUCACUCUCGGCGGCGUUCACAAUUCUCCGCCGCCGCCGCAAAGUAUGCAUCUUUCGUACACCCCUGAGGGUACGGCAUUGUACAAGCCAGUAUCAAGCUCACCUCCUGCUGCUCAGUACCAUCAGCAGCAAGAGAGUUCUGUUGCGGCGGUGCCGGUUAAUGUGGUGGCGGCACCGCAGCAGCAGAGUGUGAGUGCGAGUGUGAAUGCGGGUGCGGGGGAGUUGGUUAAGAAGAAAAGAGGAAGGCCAAGAAAGUAUGGGCCUGAUGGAUCAAUGGCAUUGACUCUGACAUCUCCACCGUCUGGUGGGCCCCUGGCAUCUCAGCUUCAGUCUCCGCAACCGCAGCAUGUUGUGAAUUCCCCGAUAGGAGGGUCUGCGUCGGGCUCUGAACCCAAGAAGGGUAGGGGAAGGCCACUUGGUUCAAGCAAAAAGCACCAAAUGAAAGCCUUGGAUUAUAACUUUGCAGUGUCAGCAGGAAUAGGAUUCACACCACAUAUUAUUGAUGUGAAGGCCGGAGAGGAUGUGUCGUCGAAAAUAAUGGCAUUUUCCCAAAAUGGUCCAAGGGCUGUAUGUAUUUUAUCUGCAAAUGGUGCCAUAUCGAAUGUAACUCUACAUCAGGCUGCAACUUCUGGCGGAACUGCAACAUAUGAGGGACGUUUUGAUAUUUUGUCCCUUUCCGGUUCAUUUCUGUUAUCGGAGGUAGGUGGUCAGCGCAGCAGGACAGGUGGACUAAGUGUGUCCUUGUCUGGUCCAGAUGGGCGAGUUUUAGGUGGUUGUGUGGCUGGUCUUCUCAUAGCUGCAUCUCCUGUCCAGGUGAUAGUUGGCAGUUUUGUUGUGGAUGGACAGAAGGGAUCCAAGGCAACUAAGCAAAGUGAGCCUGUAUCUGCUGCAGCAAAGCUCAUUCCAGGCAGUGGUGCCAUUGGUCCUAGCAGCCCACAAUCACGCGGAACUCUAAGUGAAUCGUCCGGGGGGCCUGGCAGCCCUCUCAACCAGAGUACAGGAGCAUUGAACAACAACUUUCAAGGAAUGUCAAGCAUGCCCUGGAAGUGAUCUUUCUGUCGAAUUAUACCUGAUUAGGCAUGGACUCUCUAAUAUUAGCAGAUUGGUUUAGACUGUUAGAUGUUUGUAAUGUAAGCUCUCUAUGUUGUCGUAGUUGUGCAAAAAUAAAGGACUGCAGUCGAUGGCUCUAGCCCAACUGGUGAUUCGGGAUGAUAUGAACCAAAUAGUGACACCUCAGCCCUUGACUUAAUUUCUUUUUAGGAUCCAUGUCUGUUACUGUUAGAUGAUCAUAAGUCACAUUAUGUAGUUCUGUUUUUAGGUGUUUGUGUUGUAACUUCCCCGUUAUGGUUAUGUUUUCAUUCUUUGAUCCUUGCA